AUGAAAUACAUUGCCUUAGUUUUACUUGCUUUUGUUGCUAUCGCUUCAGUCAAUGCUCAAAGUCCUACAGAUUAUCUUUACAGAGUUGGUAAUUGCACAUAAAAGAACAAUUCUACAUGCGCAAAUGAUUAAUCUUGCACAGCUACUGCAGGCAGAUUAUAAAUUUGUUUCGGUAAUUGCUAUACUUUGUAUAACUAAACUCUUGAUUCUAUGCUUCCCUGCUUUAAAGCAAACUGUACUUCAAUUGCUACAAACAGUGGAAAUUCUAAUGUCACCACCUAUAGUAACAAUGUUAUUUCAUGCAUGAGCUCUGGAGUUCUUUCAUUCGCUUUCAUUCUUUUAGUUACAAUAGUUUCUACUUUAUUAGCAAACUAUUGA